CUCUGCGACAAGCUGGCCGACCGCGGGCUGCCAUGGCCAGCCCGCCCGCCGCGCUGCCGCACCCCGACGACGGCCUGCACCUCGCCGCCCCGAACAACGUCACGCUGAGCUACGCGGCCGACGCACCACCAGCACCAGACGCAGGCACCGGCCCCGGCGCCCCGGCCUCGUUCAGCGUGCUCGCCGCCGCCGCGACACUCGCCACGCUGUCCGACAGCCGCCCGCCCACCAGCCACGGGGACGAUGCCGUCAGCGACGACGACGACGGCGGGGGCAUAUCGUUAGCAGACUUCUCCGCACCGCCGCCCGCGCCGCUGCUGGCGAGCACCCUGAGCCCCGGCGCCAUCCACAUGCACGCCAUCAUGGCCCAGUUGCAGUACGACGCCGUGCCGCCGCCGGCCAGCGACAUGACCUCCUUCCACAUCAACAACGUGCACCUGCCGCCGCCGCCCUCGUACCUCGCCCACCUGUCGAGCUCCGAGCCCUCGCUGGAGCCCCUGCCCGCCUGGCCCGAGGCCUACCUGAGCAUCAAGGACAAGAGCCAAUUCGUGCCCAUCACCUCCUUCUUCCACUACCUUACUCCGGAGAAGACGACUGUCCCGGGCCUCGAUCUUGUCCAGGUGCCAGACACCAUCACGCGCGACGAUCUGCAGGGCGACAAGUACGACUUCCAGGGCAUCGACUGGAGCGUGCGCAACACCACAAGAAGCUCUGUACGAGCCAAACGGAGGGAGUGUGAGCAGGAACGGCUGUCGCCCAGUCUGAGGGAGACGCGCACACAGUGGACUCCCCCAGUCCCCAACACAGACAACUUCUUCUCGUUUCGGAGGAACACCACGUCUCAUCGCGUGUACUUCCCCCACUUCCAACUGCGCAACGUAUUGGCGGCAACGUCCAGGAACGAUGUUCUAUAUGCAGCCGGUCAGAAAGUCAUGUGCACAGAUGCUGAGGGCGCGCCCGCCAAAGCAGUCCUCGAUCUGAGCAAGAAGACAGCUGCCGAUGGCUCCAUCACAACCAUUGCCACUCUGAAUGAUGUGUUGAUAGCAGGUGCCUUCGAGGGCGAGUAUGCUAUUACGGAUCUGUCAUCCACAACAGACACUCCCUGUACGUUCGGCCGCACGGCCGAUUUUGUCUCAGAUACAAACUCCAAGAUUGUCAACCAUCUGCAUCUUUUCGAAUCACGGACUACGUAUCACCCCCAAGGAGUCCUCUGCUCGAACGACCAUCACUUGCGCAUACUGGAUUGCGCAACCAAUACUUUCAUACACAAUUUCGAGUACUCAGCUGCCGUCAACUGCUCGGCCACCAGUCCCAACGGUCGAAUGCGCGUCGUGGUCGGUGACUUCCAAGAAACACUAAUCACGAACGCCGAGACAGGGCGGCCUUUCGAGACUCUGAAGACCCACACCGACGACGCUUUCGCUUGUGCUUGGGCUGACGAUGGCAUCCACGUCGCUACCGCAGCCCAAGACUCCACCAUUGCCGUCUGGGACGCACGGUACUGGAACCAACCGCUCGCCGUCCUCACAAGCGAGCUCAGCGUCCCCCGCGCUCUCCGCUUCUCCCCAGUCGGCUCAGGUCCGCGCGUCCUCGUUGCCGCUGAGGCAGAUGACUACGUCAGCAUCAUCAACGCGCAGACGUUCGAGUCGAAACAGGUCUUCGAUUUCUUCGGCCCGCUGGGCGGCGUGACGUUCACGCCCGACGGGCAGUCCCUUUUCAUCGCCAAUGGCGAGCGCCGCUUCGGCGGCAUCAUUGAGCUCGAACGCACGGGCUGGGCUGAGCGCACAGCCCGCCGCGCCUCGUUCGACUCCGACCGCGACGACCUGGUCUCCGACUGGGCGCCCGACCACUGUCUCGCCGCCUUCGAUAGGAACUACAGCGGUGAUGUCGAGCGGCAGCGGAGAGGUGUCGACUUCAGCCAGCUUGUCGUAUGACAGCGGCUUUGUAGAUGUUUUGCAAGU